UUUUUUUUCCUUUACCUCUGUGAUACCGUGUUUUGUUUUGUUUUGUUUUGUCCAUCCAGUAGUCAUCAUCUGAAUUCAUCAUUCAUAUCUGCCAUUCAAUAUUUCAUGAUGCAUCGGUGGUUUUUUUCAUUCACUGUGUGGGGGUGAUCGAUCCGAUCGAUCGCAUCAUAUAAAAAGUGACUACAUUUAGCAAAUUUUUUAUCAACAUUCAUCAUUGCUCGUUUGUUGAAUCAGAAUUAACCCUUUGUUUUUUGUUUUUGUUUUGUUGUUGAUGAUUGUUUUUACACUGUCCAUCCAUCUAUAUUUUCAACAUUAACUGUUUUUUACAAGUGAAAUGUUCAUAGUGUUUUUUCUGAAAUAAUUUUUUCUCGGUUUUUGUCGUGAAUAUUAUCCCGUGUAUUUGUUUUUGUGUUCAACCGAUUAUUUGAUUGCAAAAAAAAAUGGCGGCCAACAAUAAAUUGUUAAUCAACAACGAAUGGUCAUCAUCACUUUUUAUGGUGAUGAUAACAACGAUUGUAUUAUCAUCAUCUCAAUUAUCAUUGAUCGAUUGUCGUAAUUAUGAACAUUCAUCAACAGAAAUGGCUUUGACCAAUCAGGUAGUGAUACAACAACGUGAUUGUUAUCCAAAUGAAACACCAAUAUUCAUACAUACGGCUGCAUCGACAAGUGGAAAAUAUUUCAAUCGUCGUCAAGUAAUACGUCGUACAUGGGCACGUGAAGCAUACAAAUAUAAAAUGCGCAUUUUAUUCGUCAUGGGUGUACCACGUGAUUUAUCCAUAGAAAGAUCAUUGAAAAUGGAAGCCGAUAAAAAUCAUGAUAUUCUGCAAUUCAAUUUCAUUGAAGACUACUAUAAUCUAACAUUGAAAGCAAUAUCAUUACUGAAAUGGUCAUAUCGUCAUUGUAGUAAUAGUCCGUAUAUGGUGAAAACCGAUGAUGAUGUUGUACUGAAUAUGCCAAUGCUCUAUCAAUUGGUUCGGCAACGGAAAAUUCCAUCCGGUCUUACCGGUUUGGUCAUGACUACGCCAGCUAAUCGUGAAAAUGGCCACAAAUGGCAUAUGCCUGAACAUCUUUAUCCAAAGGAUUCAUAUGAAUUUCUUGCUGGUUUCUCAUAUCUAUUGUCGAUGGAUAAAUUGAAAAGUUUUCUUAAAACCAUCAUCACAUAUCCUGGUCCGAUUCUGGAUAUCGAUGAUCUAUUCCUUACCGGCAUUGUUGCUGAUUAUGGAAAAAUACGACGCAAUAAUAGUUUUCGUUUUAAAUUUUUUUGCGGUACCGAUGUUUGCACAAUGGAAACAUCAUUAGCAAUGCAUGCAUGUCCUAGUGCCAAGAAUAGUGAAUAUAUGUAUCGUUUCUGGAAAAAUGCUGAUCGUCUUUCCUGUUAUCGUCAUUUCCGUUUAAGCCGUUCAUAUCGCCGUCGUAGACCAAGAAGUAUUUCGACAACAACAACAACAACAACCGAACAUAUAUCCAAUGAUCAAAUUAUAGCCAAUUAUACUGAUUAUCUUAUCGAUAGUCAUCAAUUGAUUGGUUUCAAAUUUCGUCAACCAUAAUGAUUGUGUUGUAUAGCAAUAAAAAAAAAUAGGAAAAAAAAUUUACCCCAUAUGAUAAAAAAAAACAAUCCUUUCCUCGAUAUUUUCGCGUUUCCGAAUUGUAAAAUGUCACCCAUACACAAAAUUUGUCCACCGUCCAGAUUACUGAAAAAAAAACAAAAUUCCCUUAAUUCUAUUUCCGUUAUGUUGUUAUGUUUGUUUGUUUGAACAAAUGAAAAGUUUAUCAUUGCCAAAUGGAAAAUAAAAAAAAAAAAAAUUUUU